GUUGAUUUAUGUUAUUUUAUUUUACACAAAGGGUGUGCGGGUAUUCCCACAUUCAUGUUCGCCAUCUUGACACGUAGUUUCUACAACUACAAGCACAACUACAGGUGCAAAUUACUAAAAGGAGAAUAUGAGAGCUUUGGAAACCUGGGUGUUUAAGACUGACACAUCAUAAAAUCACAGUAUUCAAUUCGUCAUCUGUUUGGAUCUAAAGUUGGUCUACAUCAUAUGACAGCAGUGAUGCCGAGCCAAGCCCAAGACUAUGGAUCACUUCAGAGUGAUGGUAGAAAGCCGUUGAAGGUUUCUGUGUGUACGUCUGCAACUGCUACCAACGUGCAGGGCUUCAUCGAUGAGCUACCCAUAAAGUUCUCUGACCUUGACCUUGACGUCAGGCACUUCGAACUGCCGUACAACGACAUCGAUCACUUUGAAUUCAAAUCCUCCGAUGUCGGUACCAUGAUACUCUGUCAUUCUAUCAACAACAGAAGGUUCGCCAUCACCGAUGUCAUGGAUGCCCUCUACGACAGGUUCUUGCCAUACUCCGCAAAGAAAUUAGGUAGAGAAAGGGUAUGCGUGAUCGCCCAUGAUUUCCCUCCGAGCAAGGAUCUGGACAAACCCGACAAGUACCAAAAGGAGAUGGAGGAUUUUAGAAGACGGCAGGGUACAGCGUUCCAGAACUCUGCUCUCACCAUGAUGUGUGGCAAGCUUGAUGGACCGGUCGAGAUGCAACAGAGCAACUGGGAUGACUUGAAGACAUUCCUGGUGAACGCUGCGACUCCCAUAAAAAAAAAACCUUGGUGGAGCCUACAUAAGGGAAAGUUGGCCAUCUUGGUAUUGAUUGCUCUUAUUGCUUUAGCUGUAGGUCUUGGUGUCGCGUUCAGUACAGGCUCUCCUCCAACAAGCACCACUCCAACACCUCCUCCAACAAGCACCACUGCCACCCCUACCCCACCAGGACCAACUUCUACGAUUCCCUCAACCAUCUCUUCAGAUACAACCACUGAGAUUCCAAACAUAUCCUCUACAGCAAACACUACCUACAUGUAAUUCUACAACCAUGACAACUGCCAUCGAAUAUCUUACAUUAUGAUUUUUUUGUGUGUAUGUGUCUGUGCUGUGUGUUUUUUUAAUGUGUACCCUUCUGGAAUUGAAAUCCCCCAUCUUUAUCUCCAUUAUGGCUUCUUUGUAAUUUUUGAUAUUUUUCCUCGAAAAAUUCAUAAUUUGCAAGAUUUAAACUGCAAAUGUAUAUUGCCAAUUUUUUAACCUAUAAUUCAUGCAAUUUACCAUCAACAUUUAUUGACAUUAGAAAUGAAAAAAAUGAUAGUGACCUUUGUCAUAUCAUAAUGAAAGAGGCUUAAUUAAGCAAAAAAAAAACGUUUCUUUCUUCCUCACCCCUAUUUCCACGAUUUUGCUGUUGGUUGCAACGUAUACAAAGUAUAGCUACCGGCACAAAAAGUUUAUAAAUGUAUACUUGCACUGAAAGAGCAAAGCAACUUGAGUACAUAAUGAUAACUAUACCAUUCUGUAAAUAUUUAUAUAUGUCAAAUAUCCUUCAAUACAGGGCAGUCGGAGUCAUUAGGGGUGGUACGGCAUUCACCUACCACUUUUGUAUAAAAAAAUAUGAGGACAGAGAAAAAAUGAGAAUAAAGAUGGAGAAUGAAAGUAAAUAAAUCAAAAGAAAAAGGAAAAAACUGACAACGAAAGAACAGAGGAAACUUGUAUAAUCGUGUUCAUUGGCAGAUGUCAGGCGGCUGACUG